CAUUGAAAAGUGAAAUGCCCUAACUUGCCUGCGUAACUCUUUCAAGCCUCGCGACCCCCCCUCUCUCUCUCUCUCUAUAUAUAUAUAUUUAUAUUAUAUAAUCGAAUCCAUGAAUGUCGUCUUCGAUGGCUUCUUCUACCAACGGAUUAGACGCCUCAGGUAAUGUAGUGAAAAAUGAUGGGCUCACAGUUGAGUCUGUCCAAGACAUUCAUAUUUCAAGCUCGCAGACACAACCUGAAGAUAUUGAAAGGAAAGCUCGGGUGGAUGCUAUAUGGCAGCAAAUGAAUAAGGGAGUAUCUAGGAAGACUAUUAAUUCAAUUUCAAGCAAGCCUAGUUCAACUGUAAAUAGGACUUCACAGAAGAGUUCUUCGCAGAAGACUUCUACUGGUUGGAUGACUUAUUUGGGCUUGGCAUCAAAGAAGACAGCAUCUGUUGGGCAAGAUGUGCCCGAAAAGAAACCUAGUAUUGCACAGAAUGGCACCGGUGAUGAGGCGAAGAAGCUCGCUGCUGCUGCUCUUUCGGCAAUUAAGGAUGCUAGUGCUCUGGCUGCCACUUCAGGCAGAGGAAAAGUUGAGAUCACCGAGGUUCGGGACUUUGCAGGUGAAGAAAUUGAAUUUAAGAAGCUUGUUGAUGCCAAUUCGAAAGAAGCAUCUGAAAAAGCUAAAGCCGCCUCAGUGGGCCCACCUACUGCUGUUGAUGCUUUUCUUGAACAAAUUAAGAAGAAACAAAAGCUUAGUGUGCUUGACAAGACUAAAAAGGACUGGGGGGAAUUCAAGGAAGAAAACAAGGGCCUGGAAGAAGAACUGGAAACUUACAAGAAGAGCUCGAAUCAGUACCUAGAGAGGGUUAAUUUCCUGCAGCGAACAGAUUAUCGGGAAUUUGAGCGGGAAAGGGAUGCACGGCUGGCUGUGCAGGCCAAGAGGAAGCCAGAUAUGCGAGAGGAUCCUUGACAGCAUAAUAUCACCCUCAUUGACCAAGAUUUGGUUGUGUUUUAGUGCAUUCACAAUGAAUAGAGAGCCUCUAUGUAUUUGAAGAGAGAGGCUCAUAGGGAUCUGCUGUAGUAGCCCAGGGCGUGAAGAUUGUUAAUACUCGCAAAUCUCUGGGGUCUCCAUGAUGCUGAUGCUUAUCAUUAUCAUGGACAUAUUUUGGGGAGCUUGUACACUCCUGCUAUUCAAUCUUUAUAAUGUGGGGGUCAAUUUAUGACAUUAAAUUUUUGGUUCCCCCCACCCCGGUAGUAAUGUUAUAAAAUACAGUAUUUUUUAAAUGGAAUAUUUAUUUUGGGACAAUCAAAAAUGAAAA